AUGUACAGCGGCCUCAUGGGGGCGAGGCUACCUACCAUGCAGCGGUUUGCAGACAACCUGGCAUUGAAGAUGCAAGAGGAGGCCGGUUCAGGGGCACCCGAGCGGCCUGUUGAUACCCUGGACCGGCGAGCCGAUGACGAGCAGUCUGCGCAGGUGGCUCCGUGGGGCCAGUUUCGCGACGUCAUCCGUGAGGAGAUGUCGGCAGCCAUCACUGCCAUUCACGACACUGCUGCGAGACCAAUGCAGUUUAUCAUCAACAACAGCGCCCAGGCGAACGUGGAGCAGCACACAGUCAGCGCUCCACCACCAAGCCCACCCCCACCCCCGCCAGAGCCAGCGACGCUCUUGGAGGCAAAGGUCUAA